CCGCGGCCUCGCCUCCCGCUCCCACGGCUGUCCCCGCUCCGCUCGCAGGCAGGCGACGUGUUUGCUCAUCACCUGAUGCUUUGCAGCCUGACACCCGAUUGGCAGAGCAGGGUUUUCCCCCCUCUCCUCCACGCUGCUUGGAUUUUUUUUCCUUUUUUUUUACCCUCCUCUUUAGGGUGUUUGCUAUUUCCGAGCUGGCUGGGAGGAUCUGAGCAGCAGCAGUCGCAGCAGCAGCCGGCGGCAGGAGGACGAGCAUCCACCGGGAAUCGUGCGAGCCGCCGCGGCCCGUCGCAGCCCCCGCGGCCGAGUUCGGCCCCGGCAGCGCAGCCUGCCCUGCCGUGCCCCGCCGGCUCCCUUCGCCCCCGGCAGCCCUCCCGUGCCGCCAGGAGCCCCGCGGCCCCGGCCAUGGAGCUGCUCUCCACCCCCAAAAACAUCGAGAUCAACAACAUCACCUGCGACUCCUUCCGCAUCUCCUGGGCCAUGGACAAGGGCGACCUGGAGAGGGUCACCCACUACUUCAUCGACCUCAACAAGAAGGAGAACAAGAACUCCAACAAGUUCAAGCACCGGGACGUGCCCACCAAGCUGGUGGCCAAGGCGGUGCCGCUGCCCAUGACGGUGCGGGGCCACUGGUUCCUGAGCCCGCGCACCGAGUACAGCGUGGCGGUGCAGACGGCCGUGAAGCAGAGCGACGGCGAGUACCUGGUGUCCGGCUGGAGCGAGACGGUGGAGUUCUGCACCGGGGACUACGCCAAGGAGCACCUGGCCCAGCUGCAGGAGAAGGCCGAGCUCAUCGCCGGGCGCAUGCUGCGCUUCUCCGUCUUCUACCGUAACCAGCACAAGGAGUAUUUCCAGCACGUCAGGAUGCACUGCGGGAACGUGAUGAAGCCGUCGCUGAAGGACAACAGCGGCAGCCACGGCUCGCCCACCAGCGGCAUGCUGCACGGCAUCUUCUUCAGCUGCAACACCGAGUUCAACACCGGGCAGCCCCCCCAGGACUCGCCCUACGGCCGCUACCGCUUCCAGAUCCCGGCGCAGCGCCUCUUCAACCCCAACACCAACCUCUACUUCGCGGACUUCUACUGCAUGUACACCGCCUACCACUACGUCGUGCUGGUGCUGGCGCCCCAGGGCUCCUCGGGGGACCACUUCUGCCGGGAGCGCCUGCCCCAGCUGGACAUUGCCUGCAACAAGUUCCUGACGUGCUGCGUGGAGGACGGGGAGCUGGUGUACCGCCACGCGCAGGACAGCAUCCUGGAGGUCAUAUACACCGAGCCCGUGGACCUCGGCCUCGGCGUGCUGGGCGAGAUCAGCGGCCACCAGCUCAUGAGCCUCUCCACCGCCAACGCCAAAAAGGACCCGAGCUGCAAGACGUGCAACAUCAGCGUGGGGCGCUAGGCGCCCAGGCCGGGGGGGACGGGGAGGGAGGCCCCCACCGCGGGCGCUUCUGCAACGGACGCGGCCGGACGCAGGACGGGGCCGGCGGGUGUAAAUAGCAUGUUGACUGCUCGGAGAAGGACCCCGCGGGAUGCUCAGAGCAGGGACGCUAAGCCAGCAGCGCUCUGGGCCCCCGGAGAGGAAGCCUUCACCUCCUGGACUGGCUGACCAGCAUCUUCCUCGCUCGUGCCCCACGUCGGCGCUGACCCCCGGGCCCCUUGCAUCGCCCCGUCCCUCGCUGCGGGGCCCCCCCAGCCUCGCCCACGCCCCGCCGCAAAGCUCAGCUCCGGGGACCGAGCACCGCCGCCGGCCCUGCUCUCGUCCCCGGGCUGCGCGCUGCCCCCGGGGGGGACGGCGGAGAGGCUCCCAUGCCCCCGGCCUGCCUCCGGGCCCCAGCAAAGCACAAGGGACUGCAGCCGCGCUCGACCCCGGACUCAGCCGCAGCCCGGCGAUGCCGAGCGCCCCGACGCCUGCAUCUCCGCGCCUCGUCCCCGGGGACCCCCGAGGAUGUUGCCGCCGCCUUCGCCUGCAGAAAUAGGAGCGUGCGCGUGUGCUGCUGCUCGGGCUGGGGAGCGUGGGCAGGGCCCCCCCGCGCCCUGCCGCCGGCGGUGCUUUCGGGCCGCAGCCGUGGCAGCCUCGUCCGCAGCGCGGGGGACCGCCAGCGCCCCGCCGCGUCGUGCAGCCAGCCGUGCCGUGUCCGCUGUGUGCUCUAGCCGUCGUUGUGCCGUGAGUGCCGCCGCCAGGGCUCGCUUACCACUUCCCCAGCCCCCCCGGGCACCCGGGGAGCGAGCGGGGGGCCGCGCCGGCCCCGUCCCCCCCGCAUGAGCCCCGGGCGCUGCGUAUCCCCUGCACGCUGUAACGCUGGAACAGAGCAUCCCCGUCCCCGAGCCUCCCCGUGCUGUGCUGUGCUGGCGGUGUGUCAAUAAACUGUGUGCAGUCGCCGCGG